AUGUGGGCGGCUAUGGGACAAGACGAAAUUGGUUUUGUGGUGGCAAAAGAUGGAUCAGCAAACUUCACAACAAUUAGUGAUGCCAUCAAGGCUGCACCAAAUUAUAGCUCGAAGAGAAUCAACAUCAAGGUGAUGGCCGGAGUAUACAACGAGUAUAUCAUUGUUGGUAAAGAAAAAAGCAACUUGACUAUCAUUGGAGAGGGAAUUGACAAGACUGUCAUCUCAGGCAGUAGGAGCAAUGCAACCGGUUUUCGGACCCAUGAUUCUGCAACUGUUGAAGUACAAGGUUAUGGCUUUACAGCAAAAUAUCUCACAAUUGAAAACACUGCUGGUCCCGGGGAACAAGCAGUGUCACUUCUAAAUUUCAUAUUUGGCAACGCUCAGGUUGUUUUUCAAAGAAGUAAUGUGUAUGCUCGGAAACCGGUACAAGGACAGUUCAUAACAAUCACAGCUCAGGGCAAAGAGACUUCAAGUGAUACCUCUGGAACAGUUUUCCAAAACUGCACAUUUCGGGCAACCUCAGAGUUGAUUAACUCAGGUUUUCGAGUGGAUGCAUAUUUAGGAAGACCGUGGCAAGCUUACUCAACAACAAUUAUAAUGCAAAGUUUCCUAGAAAGCUUCAUAGAUCCAACUGGAUGGUUGGAUUGGGAUGGAAGAUCGAGUUCGGCCGGAUUAUUCUAUGCUGAAUAUGCUAAUCAAGGACCAGGAGCAAACACUACAAGUAGAGUUAAUUGGAAAGAGUAUAAGGUCUUGAAUAGCUCUGAGGCAUCCAACUUCACAAUUCGUUCCUUCAUCAUUGGAGACCAAUGGUUACCAUCAACUGGAGUUCCAUAUGAUCCAAACCUCAUAUAA